AUGUCAAAGUUUAACCCUUUAUAUACCAUUCUUGUCACAGUUAUUGAGGGACGAUAUUUUACACAAAAUCAAAAUUCGAAGCUCUAUGUAGAAUGCAGGUUCAUCGAUGAUACACUUUCGUUAAUCAGUUCUGAUUCAAAUUAUAUUUUAUCGACUGAUACAGUAGAACAAACAUCAUCUCCAAUAUGGAAUACUGAGCUUGCUUGGGAGGUGGAUCAUAAAACUUUACUCAUUCUUCGUUCUCAAUGGGCACAUCUAAAACUACAAUGUUUUUCAGUAAAUUCACCAGAUAGAAGUGAAUUGGUUGGUUAUUCUAUGCUGGAUCUGAGAACUGCAUCAGAACGUCCCGGAAAAGAGAAAUGGAUCUCUCUUCAUAAUCCUAGAGUAAGGGGUCUUCGUCCCGAAAUUAAUAUUGGAUUUUGUAUAUUACCAAAUAUGUCACCACCAUCGACACCUACCCCUUUAGGAUAUGUGCCUAGUCCUUUGGGAAAGUCUGUUGAAAACCUUUUUGGGGAUGACCAGGAUGAUGUAAAAAAUACAAUUAAUAAUGCAGAAGAAAAAAAAUAUGAUGAUGAUGAUUUAUAUCGAAUUGGCACAGAUGGAUCGGAAAUUUUCCUUUUUGCUAUUACAAUUAAUUUUGGUGCUAAUUUACAUUUGUUGUUGCAAGAUACGAUUUCGUUUAUCACGCAGCAGCAGUUUCCUGAAGUCGAUGAACCUGAUCUUUCAACUCAUGGAUACUUUUUUCAAUACACAAUUUUUGAAAGUACAAUCAUAUCAACCAAAUUUUAUGACCUUACACAUCCAAAUAUAAUACCUGAAACAGCAACUUUUCGAAUUCUUUCAUCUUUAAAGGAUAUGAAAGAUUUUCUUGAAAAAGAAUCUAAUCUAGUCAUUAAUUUGUAUCAUGAUGAUCAAAUAAUUGGGUUUUCUGACAUACCCUUGAAAGGUCUUUUCGAUUUAAAGACGGGUGAACCACGUUCUUUGGACAGAGUUUGUCCGAUUUAUAAUACUAAAAGAGAGUUACCUGUAUCAGCAGAUGUACAAAUCGCAAGAAUCGGAAUUUACUUAACUCUUAAAAGAGAAAAUACAGAAACUUUAAUUGAAAAUGAAUCUUUAACUUCGUCUCCAAUUGCCAUAGAAAAACCACAAUCAAUACCUUCGGAAAAUGUAGAUCAAGCGCUUACUCGAGAACAAAAUAGCGAGCAUAAGUAUAGCAUUUUGAUUGUUCUAGAAUCGAUCAAAUUAAAUAAGGACAUCAAAAACAUAUUUAUUAUUUAUAGCUAUCCAGCGUUAGGUAUUUCUAAUAAAUCCACACAGGUUAUUCCGAACGUAGAAGCUGGUUCAGAUGUAUUAUUAGUUAAUGGAACUAGUACAAUUGAUGUUACGAUGACUCACCAAAAACUUAAAAGAUACUUUGAAGCAGUACCUUUGCUUAUGGAAAUAUGGCAAAAUAAUGAACCUACGGAUGUACAAAUAGGUGUUGCUACAUUACGUUUGGAAGAAGUUUUCUUAUCUUUACCUACCAUAGAUGAAGAAAGUAAAGCAGAAGUUCAAACUUUUACUACUUUAACUCCAAUAAAAUCAGUAGGUUUAGUCACAUCGCGAGAAAUGGGUCAUAUAAGCGUUUCCAUAAGACUAGAAGAUUAUGGAGAGAAACAAAAAACAAUAUUGGCAAACUCUAAUAGUGGAACUAACUUAUCCGAACUUUCCAGCGGAUCACCGGUUCCCGAGGAACCUCAACCUAUGGAAAGACAAUCAUCAUCUCGUUCUUCUACGUCAUUGUCAGGAACGAAAAAUGAAUGUGAAAGGUUUUCACUAUCUUUAUCAACAUUUCGUUCAGAUAUAUUCCAACAAGCCGAAGAAAACCUAAAGUUUACUAGAGAAGUACUUGCAGACGAAAAGAAAAAUGCCAAAAAUCAAAGUUCACUUAAAUCUAAGGUUCAACAACUGAAGUCAAUAGAUCGACAGUUACAACAAUCCAUCUUAUAUUUUCAAACGCGAGAUGAAAGCUUAUUAAGAGCCGAAAAAGAUUUUGAACGACGUUGGUUGGAAUUAGACAGACAAUUCGAGCAACGAAAAAAGGAAAUGCAAUCACAAUUACAAGCCAAUACUCAAAAUCUUCAAGCAGAAAUACAAAACCUUAAAAUUCAAUUGGACUCUGCAACAAAAGCACAAAAACAUUAUGAGGCUCAAUGGUUAAAAGCUUUACAAGUUUUAGCUGGUACACAUGAGACAGAAAGUGAGGAGGCUAUGUUUUGGAAAGAAUUAAAAGAAACGGAUUUAUGCUGGUGGCAGGUUAAAAGAACGGCAGAAGAAGAGAUCGAAGUUAUAAAUUAUGAAAAAUUUGCGUUAGAUAUAUUAAAAGGAGAGAUUGAGAGAUUAAGAAAAUCUUCAAGUAAUUGA